UCGCUCAGCUCUAAUAUUAGCAUCGUUGUUACCAUCCGGGUGAGACCUCGUGAUUUGGGGCCGAACCCCCGCCGCCGCUGCGUCCUCGGUCUCUCCGACAUCGCUUUCCCGGCCGUCGCGCGGACCCUCUCCUUGAUUGGAUCUCGCCCACACCGGACAUGGCUUGGAGGCGCCUCCUCACGAAGCUUCGAAAACAACAGUUUCUAGGGCAUCCACAAUUAUUUGGUAGCGGCCAAUUUCAUCAUGUUGGGCACAAGGUUGAAGGUGGCUUGGGCAGCAAACUUGGAAACCUCCAUGGGAGGUUCCAGUCAAGCUAUGUUGGCACUUUUGCUCGCAGAGUGAGGGAUACAGAUGUGUCAAAUGAUGUUACACUGCUUAAAGAGCUCUACAGAAGUGAUCCGGAAAGGGUUAUUAGACUAUUUGAAAGUCAGCCUUCAUUGCAUUCCAACCCUUCGGCACUUGCUGAGUAUGUUAAAGCAUUGGUGAAAGUUGAUAGGCUGGAACAAAGUACAUUGUUAAAAACUUUACAAAGAGGUAUUGCUAACUCGGCAAGGGAAGAGGAUAGCAUUGACAGCAUUAGCAGUAUUCCAGCAUUAAAGAAUGUUGGCCAGUCGACAAAGGAUGGGAUUCUUGGGACAGCAAGUGCUCCGAUCCACAUGGUGACAGCAGAAACCAGUAAUUUUAAGGAGCAACUAUGGCGUACAUUUCGGACUAUUGCAGUUUCAUUUCUUGUCUUAUCUGGUGUUGGAGCACUCAUUGAGGAUAGAGGUCUUAGUAAAGCAGGCCUUGGUCUACAUGAGGAGGUCCAGCCAAGCAUGGAUUCUAGUACCAAGUUUAGUGAUGUAAAAGGUGUUGAUGAGGCCAAAGCUGAGCUUGAGGAAAUUGUCCAUUACCUUCGCGAUCCUAAGCGUUUCACUCGCCUUGGCGGGAAGCUUCCCAAAGGUGUAUUGCUAGUUGGGCCUCCUGGUACAGGGAAGACAAUGCUAGCAAGGGCUAUAGCAGGAGAAGCUGGUGUCCCUUUCUUCUCAUGCAGUGGCAGUGAGUUUGAAGAAAUGUUUGUUGGUGUUGGAGCUAGGAGGGUCAGGGAUCUUUUUACUGCAGGAAAGAAAAGGUCCCCAUGUAUUAUAUUCAUUGAUGAGAUUGAUGCAAUAGGUGGGAGCCGAAAUCCAAAGGAUCAACAGUACAUGAAAAUGACGUUGAAUCAGCUACUUGUUGAACUGGAUGGUUUUAAGCAGAAUGAGGGGAUUAUUGUCAUUGCAGCAACCAACUUUCCCGAAUCAUUAGACAAAGCACUUGUGAGGCCUGGACGUUUUGACCGACAUAUUGUUGUUCCUAACCCAGAUGUUGAGGGUCGAAGGCAGAUUUUGGAAUCACACAUGUCAAAGGUCUUGAAGGCAGAUGAUGUCGAUCUGAUGAUCAUCGCCAGGGGCACACCAGGGUUCUCAGGUGCAGACCUUGCAAAUUUGGUCAAUGUUGCAGCUCUUAAGGCUGCUAUGGAUGGUGCAAAAGCUGUGACGAUGGCUGAUCUGGAGUAUGCAAAGGACAAGAUCAUGAUGGGCAGUGAGCGGAAAUCGGCAGUGAUCUCUGAUGAAUCCAGGAAGUUGACAGCUUACCAUGAAGGUGGCCAUGCUCUUGUUGCCAUCCACACUGAUGGUGCCCUUCCAGUUCACAAGGCUACUAUCGUGCCUCGGGGGAUGUCUCUUGGCAUGGUCGCACAGUUGCCUGAUAAGGAUGAGACAAGUAUCUCUAAGAAGCAAAUGCUGGCAAGGCUUGAUGUCUGCAUGGGUGGCCGAGUAGCUGAAGAGCUAAUAUUUGGGGAGAAUGAAGUGACUUCUGGUGCUUCUUCGGAUUUGCAGCAAGCGACUUCCGUUGCAAGAGCAAUGGUCACAAAGUAUGGUAUGAGCAAGCAGGUUGGUCUUGUUUCCCACAACUACGAUGAUAAUGGUAAGAGCAUGAGCACCGAAACAAGGUUACUUAUAGAGGAGGAGGUGAAGGGAUUUUUGGAAAGGGCUUACCAUAAUGCAAAAACUAUUUUGAUAACCAACAACAAAGAGCUGCAUGCCCUUGCCAAUGCACUUCUUGAGCAUGAAACCUUAUCCGGUGUGCAGAUCAAGAACUUGCUUGCUCAAGUAAAUAGUCAGCAGCAGCAACCUCAGCUUGUGGCAGCUCCGCAUGUGAGUACCCCACCAGUACCAACGGCGCCUCCCUCAGCCGCUGCAGCUGCUGCAGCCGCAGCUGCAGCCGCAGCCCAAGCAGCAGCCAAGGCUAAAGGAGUUGCUCAGCCUGCCGUUGGAUCCUAGUCUCCGAAAAGCUACUCUAACAUUUGGGCAUGUAAAGUAACUUUAUCCUGCACGUUCUGAAAUCUCAAAGCACAAGCACAAGCAUGCUGAUCUCAGGAUAGGUUAGAAGUUACAAAGUCAACCAACAUUGCAAUGUAUGUAUUUUUAUCCUCCCUGAGUUUUCAAAGACACAAGGGUAGAAAUUUGUAGAACCAAUGUGGGUCUUCAGAAUAUGUUUUGAAGUUUUCAGUUGGCGGCACUAAUCACUAUACUGCUAAUAAUGACAUCUGUAACUUUCCAAAACUUGAGCUUUGGACAAUUUUAACUAUUGAUUA